AAGGAACAUACCAGUAGGAACUUCCUUGACUUUCUUACCCCUGUCCUCAUUGUCAAACCCGUUCAUACCUCAGAUUCGUUAACUCUCCCUUCAGAUGACACUCCUCAGCCAAAUCAAACUGAACCUAGGCUGGUCAAUAUUCCAAAUGAUGCCGUUAAAACAACUAUUCAAGCGAGUGUCCAAGAUGACCCUGUACAGCCAAACCUACCCUCUCAACUAGAAAUUCAAAAGUCCCCCAAUAUUGCUGUAAAUCCUCUUGCUGACCCAACUAAAGAAAUAACUCUUGUUCCCGUCGAGAAACGUGCAUUGAAGAGGCUGCAUAUAUCUUUGCUUGGUCCCUCUGUGACCUCCGAGCGAGUGAUUCCUCUUUUUCACCCAAUCUUGAAGGCAAAAGGGAAGGAAAUCUUGAUUUGCAACUCGACAGUUGAUGAUGUCAAUGUGGCAGUGAGGGUCAAAAAUUCAAAAUGA